AAUCGACCACUUCACCUCGCCAUACAUCAAACACACCCCAUACAGCUGCGCACAGUAGACAUCUUCAGUUUCAUUCCAGCUCGACUGCUCUGCAUACUGCUGCGCCGACCUUGACUUCACCACCGUCUUCAAAACAGCAGCCAUGACCUCCAUAGGCACGGGCUACGAUCUUUCCAACUCCGUCUUCUCCCCCGAUGGUCGCAACUUCCAGGUCGAAUACGCAGUCAAGGCAGUAGAGAAUGGCGGCACAGCAAUCGGCAUCCGCUGCAAGGAUGGCGUUGUGCUGGCACUAGAGAAGCUCGUCACAAGCAAACUGCUCAAGAAAGAUGCGAACAAGCGGAUAGCCACGGUGGAUCGGAAUAUCGGCGUGGUGCACUCUGGCCUCUUACCUGAUGGCCGACACUUCGUCUCCCGCGCGCGCGACGAAGCCUCAUCCUGGCGCAGCACAUACAAAGCACCCAUCCCCGUCGCAUCACUCGCGAACCGCAUGGGCGCCUACGUACAAGCAUAUACACUCUACUCCUCCGUACGACCAUUCGGCAUCACCGCCAUCGUUGGUGGCUGGGAUGCAGAAACCGAGUUGGACGUCGAUGGUGCAGUAGGCUCAGGACCAAAGGUGGGAGCUGGUGGCAAGACCAAGGGUGUCAAGGAAGGUGGACCGUACCUCUACAUGAUCGAGCCAUCAGGGCUAUACUGGGGUUACUAUGGCGCCGCCACAGGCAAGGGCAGACAAGCAGCGAAAGCUGAAUUGGAGAAAUUGAAGCUGGAUCCAAAGGCUGGCGAGACGCUCAGCUUGGAAGAGGGCGUGAAGGAGGCGGCUCGCAUUAUCUACGUGGCACAUGACGACAACAAGGACAAGGAGUUUGAGUUGGAGAUGACUUGGAUCAGCGCAGUCAACGGACCGACCCAGGGCAGACAUGAGGAAGUGCCGAAGCAUCUGCGGGAAGAGGCUGAGCGUCUGGCGAAGAUCGCCAUUGAGGGUGAAGAUGAGGAAGAAGAAGGCAAGAUGGAGGAGUGAAGAAUUGAUGGAAUGUAAGAUACAAGUGCAUAAGACGAGCAUAGAGCAGCCGCGGCGAGGCGAGGCCAGGCGAGGCGUCAGGCGCUGCAUUUGCUGUAACAAUUCCUGAC